AUGGCCGUUGCUGCGACAACCGUUGCUGUGGACUGUGGGGAGAGGGAGAGACGAGUGGAGGAGGAGGAGGAGGAGGAGGAGGAAAAGGAGGAGGAGGAGGAGGAGGAGGAGGAGGAGGAGGAGGAGGAGGAGGAGGAGGAGGAGGAGGAGGAGGAGGAGGAGGAGGAGGAGGAGGAGGAGGUGGUGGUGGUGGGAAAGGCCGCGGGGCGGAAGGAGAAGAGAAAGGCAGGACGGAGAGUGGGCGGGUGGAAGGGGGAAGGCGGGAGGAGGGAGAUGAGGGGCUAUUGCAUGGAGGAGGUAGGAUGCAGAGGAGAUGAAGACGGGGAAGGGGGGGAGGGGAAGAGAUGGAGGCAAUGA